AUGAACAGUUAUUGUAAAAACCAUACGGACAUUUCUGCGGAAAAACUAUUGCAAUUUGCUACAGAUGGGGCUCGCGGAAUGUGCUAUCUAGCAGCUCAGAAGGUGAUUCAUCGAGACCUCGCCGCAAGAAAUUGCCUACUAGGGAAGCAGGAUGAGCUGAAGAUAUCAGAUUUUGGACUCUCCAUUGCCGACAAAACUCAGAUGAAAAUGGAUAAGCUCAAAAAUGUGCCAAUCAAAUGGUUAGCUCCAGAGACAUUACGUCAGGCAAGUGUGCGGGGUGUCUUUUCGAAUAAAACGGACGUAUGGAGUUAUGGGGUCCUACUCUGGGAAAUCUUUGCAAAGUGCUGCUCGGAUCCGUUCCCAGGAGAAACGAACCAAAAAGCAAAGGAGCAUAUUCUCAAUGAUCCUCUUCCAAUGUGUGCUCCAGAAGGAAGCCCACCAGUUAUACAGUUGAUUAUGGAAGCAUGCUUCAACAAGGUCAUAGUGUUAACACAAAUUGGCUCGCAACAGUCUUUUUUUUUUCAGGAUCCUGACAAAAGAGCAACUUUUGUAUUAAUUCUCAAGGUCCUGUCACCAAAUGAAGAACCUCCUACGAAACCUGUAGAAACUUUCCAGACCUACUGA